AUGAAGUGAAAAUUGGCUUGAAGCUCGGCCCAAGGGGUGUAAAAAAGUCGGUGCCUAUCAGGCUCGGGCUGGAAUGCAGGACCCUAGCAUGUUAACAUAUGGCGCUUUUCCACUGCGUGGUACGACUCAGCUCGGCUCUGCGCUUUUUCACUGUGUGGUAGAGUCACUGACACAGAAUUAGUGCUCAUUCUAGGCUUCUUUACUUACGCAUUGUGCAUUCCGAUCACAGUAUAUCGGUGGAACAUACCAACUAUACAAACUGUGUGGGGGAAACCUAAACUGAUCCAUUCACUACAAAUUCUACAAGCAGGGCGCCGCUGAAAACAAGAGUGUAAGUUUGUUUACAGAAUGAUGUUGUCACUGCUGCAACUCCCAUAUAUACAAAUAAUUAUUAGAAAAAUAUAAUUUCCCAGCAGCCAGUAGGCCCCUCCCAAGUGUAGGCCCCUGGGCUUCAGCCCUUUAAAGUCCAUGCGUUAAUGCGGCCCUGAUCAGUGCUGGAGUAGUUUAGACUCAGUCAGAAGGGGGAUCAAUAUGAGGACAAAUACUUUCUUUGUGGGGGUUUUAUUAAUUGUGAAUGGUGUGUUUGGUGUUGAUGCAGAAGUGAAGUCAGUAUCAGUGAUGGUGGGAGAUUCAGUCACUCUACAUACUGAUGAUACUGAAAUACCAAGGGAUAGUAAGAUAAUAUGGAAGUUUGGUAAUGAAAUCAUUGCUAAAAUGAAUGAAGCAGGUGCAAAUCCCUCUACAUGUGAUGGCCCCGGUGCAAUAUUCAAAGACAGACUGAAGCUGGACAAACAGACUGGAUCUCUGACCAUCACAAACAUCAGAACUGAACACAUUGGACGUUAUAGUGUAGACAUCAGGAGCAUAACUGCAAAACUGAAGACAUUUCAAGUUACUGUUCAUGAUGUUGUGGAGUCAGUGUAUGUGAUGGAGGGAGAUUCUCUCACUCUACACAAUGGUGUUAAAGUACAGGGAUCUGAUCAGAUUGUGUGGAAGUUUGAAGAUCAAGUCAUCCCUAUUGCUUACUUAAAUAGCCCUGAUGAGACACAAUGGAGAAACAUUCAUCUGAAGGAUCAGACCCAAGACCUCGUCUUCAGCAACAUCCGAAGCGAACAAACUGGAGUUUAUACAGUGGAGAUCAACACCAUCAGCAUGGUCUUGCACAGAAAAUACUAUAUUGCUGUUGUUGGUGAGUAG